CAGGGUUAGAAAUAUGGAGCGAAGAGAGAAGCGAAAAAACCAGCGAACACCUUCAGUCCUUCGUGUGCCAUGGAGUUGGGAGCUAGUUCUAGGGUUUUGAACGGCAGCCAACCCUCGUAUCUAAACCCUAGAACCACAUUUCAUCUGCUGAGAGACCUCUCGAACUCGCCUCACCACUCUUCGAACCUUCCCUUUCCUCUUUCCUCUGCAAUUCCUCACAGAUGUUGUAGUAGCUGCAAAGCAAUUGGGAACGGAGUUCAUCUGCGGAGAGACCUCUGGAACUCGCCUCACCACUCUUCAAACCUUCCCUUUCCUCUUUCCUCUGCAAUUCCUCGCAGAGGUUGCAGUAGUUGCGAGGCAAUUGGGAACGACUCCACCGUAAAUUCCCCAGUAGAAAAGGGUAAGAAGAUGUCUGGACAACAUUCAUGUGACUUUGAGCUCUCUAGUUUAACAGCUUUGUCACCUCUGGAUGGUCGGUAUUGGGAUAAAGUCAAGGAUCUGGCUCCUUAUUUGAGUGAAUAUGGCCUAAUUUACUACCGGGUUGUAGUUGAGAUCAAAUGGUUGUUGAAGCUUUCCGAAAUGCCUCAAGUUCUUGAGGUUCCAAGAUUUAGUAAAGAAGCUAAGUCUUAUCUGCAAAGAGUGAUUGAUGGGUUCACUUUGAGUGAUGCUUUGGAAGUCAAAGAUAUUGAGAGAGUCACUAAUCAUGAUGUGAAAGCAGUGGAAUACUUCUUGAAACAAAAAUGUCAAUCACAUCCAGAGGUUGCGAAGGUGCUUGAAUUUUUUCAUUUUGCCUGCACAUCUGAAGAUAUCAACAAUCUUGCACAUGCAUUGAUGCUGAAAGAAGCUUUGAAGUCUGUCAUAUUUCCUGUCAUGAAGGAGUUGAUUAUGGCAAUGCGGGACAUGGCUACAGCUUAUGCUCAUAUUCCAAUGCUUUCUCGCACUCAUGGGCAGCCAGCUUCACCGACCACAAUUGGAAAGGAAAUAGCUAUUUUUGCUGUCAGAUUAAGCAGGGAAAUGCAGGACAUUUCUCAAGUAGAGAUAAUGGGGAAGUUUGCGGGUGCUGUUGGAAAUUACAACGCACAUCUAGUUGCAUAUCCUCAUAUUAAGUGGCUUCAAAUUGCAGAGGAAUUUGUGACAUCUCUUGGGUUAUGUUUUAAUCCCUAUGUCACGCAGAUCGAACCACAUGACUAUAUGGCAAAAUUAUUCCAUACAAUUAUCCAGUUUAAUACCAUCUUAACUGAUUUUGAUAGAGACAUGUGGGGCUACAUAUCUCUAGGAUAUUUCAAGCAGAUAACUAAGCCUGGUGAGAUCGGGUCCUCAACCAUGCCUCAUAAAGUAAAUCCGAUUGAUUUUGAAAACAGUGAGGGGAAUCUUGGCAAGUCUAACGCAAGUCUCUCGCAUUUAAGCAUCAAGUUGCCAAUUUCUCGCUGGCAGCGUGACCUUACUGAUUCGACAGUUCUGAGGAACAUUGGUGAAGGAUUGGGACAUUCUCUUCUUGCAUACAGAAGUGCAUUACAGGGUGUAUCAAAGCUGCAGGUUAAUGAAGCAGCUUUGUUUGAAGACUUGGACCAAUCAUGGGAGGUGCUUGCAGAACCAAUACAGACUGUGAUGCGAAGAUAUGGUAUCCCAGAGCCUUAUGAGAAGCUGAAGGAGCUAACCAGAGGAAGAGCAGUAACCAAGGAAACUAUAAGGGAGUUCAUUGAAGGUUUGGAAUUGCCCGUCGAGGCAAAGUCCAAGCUCUUGGACUUAACCCCUCAUACCUACACUGGAGCAGCAGCUGAAUUGGCUGGUCGUUAUCUGAUGAAGCAACUUUUGAAGUUGGAGGAGAUUUGAUGGUGUGAAUGGAUGUUGCGUUCACAGGUUCACUUCUGGUGUUGGGUCUUGAACAACCCCAUAUCCCUACAUUUUGAGGAAAAAAGUUGGCAAAGUUGCCCGUUACUUGGAGGUAAAAAAAAUUUUUGUAGGCAAGUUCCAUGGUACAGUGUAGAUUUGAUACUCGAUCCUUUCCAUUAUAUAUCUUCAUAUACAUUGAGCAAAAGGAGUGGUUAUUUUUUUGGUGCUUCAGAAGUUAGAGCAAAAGGAUUUGAUGUGGUAA